UGUAUUGCAGACGGUAGCGCCGCCACGUUUUAGGAAUUACAGUUUACGGACACUACGGCCAGUAUACAGGCAGUAUACCAAUAUGUCUCUGGGCGUGAGAUUUGGGCUGUUUCUGGCAGCACUCAGCUGCGUCUACUUGGUCAGCGGAGUUGACAGAAACAAUUUUAAAACAUGCGAACAAAGCAGUUUUUGUCGGCGUUGCCGAAAAGUUGAGCCAGGCAAAACGCCUUACAAACUACUGAACACGGUCGAAGUUCGAGAGACGGAUCUGAGCGGUGAAUUAUUUAACCAAGAUACAGGAGUUGCAUACAUUCUUCGGUUGACAGGAUUGGCGGACAACACAUACAGGGUUUGGAUAAACGAGAAGAAUCCAUUACAUCCAAGAUUCGAGGCGACAUUUGCACUCCAGAGUGAUCCUGUGCCAAAGAAAAUAAAACUCAUUGAACAAACAGCAGAGUAUAUUGUAGUUGGCACUGAUCAUACCAAGGCUAAGCUCUUUUUCAAUCCGUUCAGAAUUGACUUUUAUCGCGGUGAACAACUUGUUCUCUCUGCCAAUGCGAGAGGACUCAUGCGGUUUGAACACAUACGCACUAAACCAGAGCCGAAGCCUGAGGGUGAGGAAGGAGAAAAGCCUGCUGAAACUAAUCCCGAAUUUCCAGGAGACGGCGCAGACUCUGAUCCUGGAGCUUGGGAGGAGAAUUUCAAAUCACAUCACGAUUCCAAACCUUUCGGGCCAGAGGCUGUGGCACUAGAUUUCAGUUUCAUAGGGGCUGAAAAUGUUUAUGGGGUUCCAGAGCAUGCUGGAUCAUUUGCGUUGAAAUCCACAAAGAAAUCUGAUCCUUACAGACUUUAUAAUUUGGAUGUUUUUGAAUACGAAAUUGACGACUUUAUGUCGCUCUAUGGUGCCAUUCCUGUUGUCUUUGGCCACGGUAAGGAAAGCGGAACGUCAGGAGUUUACUGGCAGAAUGCAGCUGAAACUUGGGUGGAUAUAACAUCCAGCGCUGAUAACAACGUCGUUGAGAGCAUCGUUAACUUCGUUUCUGGGUCUGCUAAAAAGCCCCAAGUUGACGCUCACUUCAUCUCUGAGUCAGGCCUAAUCGACGCAUUCUUUAUGCUAGGACCUAGUCCCUUGGAUGCCUUCAGGCAAUACACACGUUUAACUGGAUCUGCUCCUCUCCCUCAGAUGUUUAGCUUAGGGUACCAUCAGUGUCGGUGGAAUUAUAACGACCAGGACGACGUGCGUCAGGUGGCUGAGAAUUUUGACAAGUACGACUUACCGAUGGAUGUAAUGUGGCUGGAUAUCGAGUACACUGAUGGCAAGAAGUACUUUACGUGGGAUACCCGUAAAUUUUCGCAGCCUCUAGAGAUGGUCCAUAAUUUGACAGAAAAGGGUAGAAAACUGGUGGUGAUUAUUGAUCCUCACAUCAAGCGAGACCAGAACUACUUUCUCCACAACGACGCUACAAAUCUUGGUUACUAUGUAAAACACAGAGAUGGAAAAGACUACGAGGGAUGGUGCUGGCCAGGUGCAACCUCGUACAUCGACAUGUUCGACCCUAAAGUCAGGCAGUACUACAUCGAGCAGUACAAUCUAGACAAAUUCACGGGAACUACCAACGACGUUUAUAUUUGGAAUGACAUGAAUGAACCGAGUGUGUUCAAUGGACCCGAAGUAACAAUGCCGAAGGAUUUGAUACAUUAUGAAAAUUGGGAGCACAGAGAUAUUCACAACAUUAAUGGAAUGAUGUUCACCUCCGCGACUCACGAGGCUUUAUUCCGAAGGUCUGGCGGUUCCCUGCGACCAUUCGUAUUGACACGAUCCUUCUUUGCUGGUUCGCAAAGAUACGGUGCCAUGUGGACUGGAGAUAACACAGGUGAAUGGAAUCACCUUCGUAUCAGCUACCCGAUGUGUCUGUCCUUGGCGGUAUCCGGUUUCUCUUUUUGCGGUGCAGACAUAGGAGGCUUCUUCAAGAACCCGGACAAUGAGUUGUUCAUAAGGUGGAAUCAAGCAGCUGCUUGGCUGCCGUUUAUGCGUCAGCAUUCUCACAUCGAGACCAAGCGUCGUGAGCCUUGGGUUUUCGGUGACAAUACUCUUGGAAUAGUUCGUGAAACUCUCAAGAGGCGCUACGCCUAUUUGCCCUUGUGGUACACAUUAUUUAGGGAGCAUGAAAUCAGCGGAAUUCCAGUUAUCAGGCCGAUUUGGGCUCACUACCCAACCGAGUCUGCAGCUUUUACUAUCGACGACGAAAUCUUGGUUGGCGAUUCGCUCCUCGUUCGUCCAGUUCUAGAGCCUGGAUUGACAGAAGUUAGCAUCUACUUCCCUGGAGAGGGUAAGAUCACUUGGUACAACAUUGACACGAUGCAACCGUACAAGCAGCCUGGUGCUGUCAGUGUUCCGGUGACGAUGGAGCGAAUCCCAGUCUAUCAAAGGAGUGGAUCAAUUGUUCCAAAAAAGAACAGAUCCCGCCGAAGUACAGUCGCUAUGAAAAACGAUCCCUACACGCUGAUGGUAAUCGCAGAUGACGAUGGAUCCGCUACAGGCACUCUUUACAUCGACGAUGAAUCCAGUUUCGAGUACCGUCAUGGAAAAUACUUGUACAUCAGGUUCACUUUGACUGGUUACAAGCUGACAUCCAGUUUCAUGGAUAAACUCGCAACCUAUGACACUAAGAGCUGGCUGGAGAGGAUAGAUAUCGCCAAUCCACCAAAGAACGUCAAAUCGGCACAAUUGACCUCGAAAACUCUAGGCAUAGUCGAGCUGGAGGCCAAAUACAAUCCCCGAAACAAUGUUCUAACUGUGCGUAAACCUGGAGUGAAUAUGGGUGAGGAAUGGAGUAUAGAGUUGAUUCAUUAGUUGACAAGUGAAGUCAAAAACUUGAUAUACCUAUAUUCUAGUGAACAUUUUACAUUCGAUUUUUCAAAUCUCACCUGAGUGACAAACACACACCUGAAUAACGUAAGGCAGUAAAUAGUAAAGCAUAAUAUCGACAUAGUUUAAAUAGAUGCUACAAUGUAAAUAGAUGUGAACAAAUUGAUUUA